AUGAACCCUGAGCUUCUUGCAGAGACCCAGAACUACAUCAUGUGCCGAAAAUCAGCACGGCUGCCAGCACAACAGAAAUCGGGUCUCUCUAAUGUGCUGGCGAUCAGCUGCGGUUCUUCCCAUGUGGUUGAAGCUUGUCUGGCAGAUGAAGACUCAAUUUUCCAGGAGGAGGCAGAACGCAUUUGGGAUACAGCCUGUUCUUUUCUCAAGCCGGCCUGUUGUGAUAUUGCUCAAAACGUUGAUAGUGUCCGGUUUCGGGAGAAGAUCUCAGCCUUUGCCAAGCUGCUGCACACUGGUGGUAUCUACUUCCUCUACUAUGCUGGGCAUGGCAUGGAGAUCAACGCCUCUUUUCACUUCAUCCCCAAAGGAGCUCAAGACGAGUCUGAGUGCAUUUCUAUCGGAGAAGUGAUGGCACACUUUGACAAGAUGGCACCUGUUGGAUGUCAAGUGAUUUUUUGUAUCAACGCUUGUCGAGAAAGACAGAAGUCAUCUAUUUGCGACCCCUUUGACAAUGAGUAUGGUCGUUCAAACAAAUAUUACAUUCUUUUUUCAACGUCAUCGGGCGAAGAGGUUCCACUUGAAGAGCUCGUCUUUCAAGAGGUGGUUGCAACGUUCAUGCCCCAAUUCACGUGUGACAAUGCCUUGUACAUUUUGGACCAAAUCAAAGAGAACAUUCAAACUAUAGAUGAGCAGCAGAACCCACGCCUUUUUUGUGGUGGUCUUCUUGACCCAUCCUCCCGGGCUUCUUCUGGCAGCAGCUUCUCCUUUGCAACACCGGCAAAAUGGACAGAUCUGCUGCAAGGAUACACGCUGAUGAAACCAAGCACCUCUUCUUCAUUUCGGGAAUCGCAAUUGAGCAAAAAGUGGUGGAUAAAAGACACACGGGAGGAUCAAAGACGCAGAUUGAACCGCUUUACGGCUCCAAUUUUUGUCCCUGCUUGCGUCGUUAUUGGGCAUACUUGUGGUAAAAGCAAAGAGGAAAGAAUCGAGCGUUUCCAGAAGCAGGGACUGGGUCCAAACUACUUGAUUGCGGAAGAUGGUUGCUACUACCUCUUUGUAAAGGAGCAUCUCAUGGCGUGGGAGUACAAUCUAGCAUACUGGGGCGGCUCAUGUGGUGUGAUCGAAGGCGAAGGUAAGAUGGUCGGCAAAGGUCAGAUCAACGAGUUGAAGACCUACGCCAUCUCAAUUGCUUUGGAGGGCAGUGGUCAACAUGACUACACCGAGGAGCAGUAUGAAACCUUGAUUGAUUUGAUGAAGGACUUGAGGGAGAGAUGGCAGUUCAAAGCAUGGAAUGUCUUGUCAGCUGCUGAAGUGAUACAGCCGCCUCAAAAACAAGAAGAUGCAGAACCAGGGCCGAAGUUCGAUUGGCGGCGCUUAACAGAACUUGGGCUGUCCUUAGAUGUGGAGGAGCGCUUGCAGCCUUCUGACAAUUUUGAAGAAAAGGAACUACAAAACAAGAUGAAGGAGUGGGGUUAUGCUUUUGGAAUGGACACGGAUGAGCACUUUCGGCGACGCUUGAGCGCUUUCCGACAGCGAUAUCUUCAACAUAUAGAUCUAGGUGGCGCCACGUUUUCAGGCUACGACACGGCGGGAGUGGAAUCCUUACUGCAGCAACGACAGAAGUUGAUGGACUUGCCUUGA